GUUACAGAAAGCAAGUUUGAGAUAAGGUUUAGGAAUUUAGGCCGAUGCUGUUUGCUCUGGGCUUGUAUUAUUACAUUCUAGUGUUGCCAAGCAAUCACUUCCAGAAUUCUCUAUUGUGAGCUCCUGUCAUAGAUUCAGGCCUUUCUGCACUAUGAGUAGGAACCAGCCUUUCAGGCAAAUUUGGACUGAGAUGAAUAAUUGUUUUGGAGGGCUGUAUCAGCGCUGCCGAAACUUCUGGAAUUUCAUUGUUAAGAAAUGUACUGGGAAGGAGGAGGAGGAAUAUGUUUUUGCAGCUGAUGGCAUUUUUCACAAAGAAAAAAUUGAAGUACUUGGCGGUAUAUUAAAGAAUCAUGCUCUACCCAUUAAAGAAAGAGCUAAAGCUGCUCAGAAAAUUGGACUAUUGGCAUUCACAGGAGGACCAACUGCUGGGAAAUUUGCAGCUGAAUACAUGAAAGAAGUCGCUUCCUUGUUGCAAAACCAAGACAUUGCACCAAAUGUACAGAUUCUGUUGCUCCAGAGUGUAGCAAGCUGGUGCUACUUAGACCCUGUCAGCCAGAAAAGAGCCCAACACCUGCAGUUUGUUCCUAUUCUUGUUACCUUUUUUGAAGCCAGAUUUGAGUCAACUAUCAAAAGCGAACUAGACAGCCAACUCCACGUUCGAUUUUGGACUUGUUAUGUCCUUUCUGUCAUGACAUGUAACAACUUAUCUCUCAUGAAGGAGCUCAGAGAGUGCGCUAAUCUAAAAUAUCAUUUACAAAUGUUGGCUUCCGAGAAUUGGUCUGGAUGGCCUGAGAAUUUUGCAGAAGUGUUGUAUUUCCUAAUUGGUUUUCACAGGAAUUAAUUCUUUAGAUCCAUUUAUGUGACCCAGCUCUCCCUAUCACUGUAUUACCCUGGAAACAGACAAUAAUAAAAUCAAUCAAUGUAUUUUUUUUCCUGUGUCAUCUUUUGGAGUUAAAAGAGCUCUAUCAUUUUCAUGCCAUUAGU